AGUAAAUCACACGUUCGUAGCCCACAACAGGGGAGAGCACAAGCAUGACACUUGGCUAGCUUGUUUUUUUGUAGAAACCUAAAACGGAAGGAGUUGAUAUUACAUGGAUUAACUGAUUGAAUUAAUCGAGGAAUGUAUUUAACGCCGAAAAUAAUGGAAACACAGAUCAGCUGUUUAGUUUAUAAGCUUGGCGAUUGAACUCUUUAAGCUGAAGGAACUGUUUCAGUUGUGCACAUGCUACUGGUUGGUAAGGAGUUUGCUGGUUAUAUAGGCUACUAGUUGUUUUGAUAUUGAUCAUUGGCAAUGGAGCGAAAUGAUCUUUAUCAAUUUAGUAAUAGUUUCCGAGCAAACCGUUCUUCAAGAUGGAGGGACAGUGGUGGUUACAAUGUUUUCUCGAAAUCUCAACGAGAACAAGAGAAUGAAGACGAAGAAGACCUAAAAUGGGCAGCCAUAGAAAGACUGCCAAGUGUAAGGAAAGGUUUAGUGACCACAUCAGAUGGUAAGACGGCCAAUGUUGAUAUACCUAAAUUAGGGCCUGAACAAAGGAAGCAUUUGAUGGAUAGGUUGAUCAAGCAUGCUGAGAAGGACAAUGAAAGUUUCUUGUUGAAGGUCAGAGAGCGACUUGACAGGGUUGGCAUUGAAAUCCCCAAACUUGAAGUCAGAUUUGAGCAUCUAAAAGUUAAGGCAGAAGCAUAUAUAGGAAGCAGGGCGUUGCCUUCAUUUUUCAAUUUCUUUAUCAAUUAUCUAAAGAGCAUUUUGUAUGGCCUGCAUUUGCUUUCUAGUAGAAAGAAACAUCUGUCUAUUCUUCGGGAUGUAAGUGGAAUCAUCAGGCCAUGCAGAAUGACAUUGCUGUUGGGCCCUCCAAGUUCUGGAAAAACCACUCUGUUGUUAGCAUUGGCAGGAAAACUUGACCGUGAUCUAGAGUUUUCUGGAAGGGUGACAUACAAUGGGCAUGAAAUGGAUGAUUUUGUGCCUCAGAGAACUGCAGCAUAUAUUGGACAACAUGAUGUCCAUAUCCCAGAAAUGACAGUAAGAGAAACCAUAGCCUUCUCUGCUAGAUGCCAAGGGGUCGGACCACGAUUUGAGAUGCUAGCAGAACUGUCAAAAAGGGAGAAAGCAGCCAAUAUUACACCUGAUCCUGACAUUGAUGUCUUCAUGAAGGCAACAUCAGUUGCGGGUAAAGAAACAAGUGUGCUCACAGAUUACAUUCUAAAGAUUUUGGGCCUAGAAAUUUGUGCGGAUACCAUGGUGGGUAAUGAACUGAUUAGGGGUGUCUCUGGAGGACAAAAGAAGAGAGUAACAACCGGUGAAAUGCUAGCUGGACCAGCAAAGCUGCUGCUCAUGGAUGAGAUAUCCACUGGUCUGGAUAGUUCAACAACAUACCAAAUUGUCAAGUCGCUGAGGCAGUUUGUUCACAUCUUGAAUGGAACUGCCUUCAUUUCUCUCCUCCAGCCAGCACCAGAGACUUACGAUCUCUUUGAUGAUAUCAUUCUCCUAUCUGAUGGCCAGAUUGCGUACCAGGGUCCUCGGGAACAUGUGCUUGAGUUUUUUGAAUCCAUGGGGUUCAAAUGUCCGGCCAGAAAGGGUGUUGCAGACUUCUUGCAAGAAGUUACAUCAAGGAAAGAUCAAAGACAGUAUUGGACGCAAGCUGACAAGGACUACAGUUUUGUGACGGUGGAACAAUUUGUGGAGGCUUUCCAAUCAUUUCAUGUAGGAAAAGGAUUGCAGAAUGAUCUUGCAACUCCGUUUAUCAAGAAUGAAAGAGAUACUCAACUUUUGACGACCAAGAAUUAUGGUGUUAGGAAGAUGGAGCUUCUCAAAGCUUGCUUCUCGAAAGAAAUGUUGUUGAUGAAGAGGAACUCAUUUUUGUACAUCUUCAAGCUAGUGCAGCUUUUAGUGAUGGCAGUGAUAGGAUCGUCUGUCUUUCUGAGAACUGAGAUGCAUAAGGGGACUCCAACAGACGGAAUAAUUCAGACGGGUGCUGUUUUUUUCUCUGUGUUUAUGAUCAUGUUUAAUGGAUUAGCAGAGAUAAGCAUGGUUGUUUUCAAGCUUCCUGUCUUCUUCAAGCAAAGAGACAGCUUAUUCUAUCCUGCAUGGGCAUAUGCUAUCCCUACAUGCCUUUUGAAGAUUCCUAUAUCAUUCUUAGAGGUCGGCCUCUGGGUAGUGAUGACCUAUUAUCCCAUGGGCAUGGAUCCCAGUAUUCUCAGGUUUCUAAAGCAGUUGCUUCUGCUGCUGCUAUUGAACCAGAUGUCUUCUGCGUUAUUUCGAUUAAUUGCAGCAAUGGGUCGGGAGAUGACUGUUACUAGCACAUUAUCUGCAUUCUUUCUGCUCGUUCUUUUUGCGAACUGUGGAUAUAUCUUGUCACGAGAUGAGGUUAAGAAAUGGUGGAUCUGGGGUUAUUGGGCAUCACCUAUGAUGUAUGCACAGAACGCAAUAGUCGCUAAUGAAUUCCUUGGAGAUAGCUGGAAUAAGGUUAAUCCAUUAGCAAAUGAAAAGCUAGGAGUUCUAGUUUUGAAGGCUCGUGGGUGCUUUGCAAAAGCAUACUGGUAUUGGAUAGGAGUAGGUGCAUUGUUGGGAUUCGUACUAGUUUUCAAUCUCUUCUAUACUCUGGCUCUAACUUUUCUCAACCCUUUGAAGGAAUCCCGAAGUCUAAAACCAGAAGAUAAAAGCAACGAAGAAGAUGAUAAAAGUGGAGUACAUGCUCCGCCGCAGCCCAAAGGAUGGGACACAGAACAAUUGAAGUCAAAAGAUGAGCUGGGUAGGAAAAAGGGUAUGAUCCUUCCAUUUGAACCGCACUGCAUUACCUUUGAGGAGGUGGUAUAUUCAGUAGAUAUGCCACAGGAAAUGAAAGCCCAAGGAGUGACUGAAGAUAGAUUGCUGCUUUUGAGAGGUAUAACUGGUGCUUUCAGGCCUGGUGUUCUCACUGCCCUGAUGGGUGUUAGUGGAGCUGGUAAAACCACUUUGAUGGACGUCCUGGCUGGUAGGAAAACUGGCGGGUACAUCGAGGGAAGCAUAAAAGUUUCUGGGUUUCCCAAAACGCAAGACACGUUUGCUCGAAUAAGUGGUUACUGUGAGCAAGCUGACAUCCAUUCCCCUCAUCUUACAGUCCAUGAGUCCGUGCUCUACUCAGCAUGGCUUCGUUUAGCUCCUGAAGUGAAUUCAGAAACCAGAAAGAUGUUUGUGAAGGAAGUCAUGGAACUCGUUGAACUGAAUGCCUGGGGGCAAGCAUUAGUUGGCUUGCCAGGUGUAAAUGGUUUGUCACUUGAGCAGCGAAAGAGGCUAACCUUUGCAGUUGAGCUAGUUGCAAACCCUUCAAUUAUUUUUAUGGAUGAACCAACAUCAGGACUUGACGCUAGAGCUGCUGCAAUUGUUAUGCGAAUAGUUAGGAAAACAGUGGACACAGGAAGGACAGUUGUGUGCACCAUACAUCAGCCAGGGAUUGAUAUAUUUGAAGCUUUUGACGAGUUAUUGUUAAUGAAGCAAGGAGGACAAGAGAUAUAUGUAGGGCCAUUGGGUCACAAUUCAUGUGAAUUGAUAAAGUACUUUGAGGGAAUCGAGGGAGUAAGCAAAAUAAAAGAUGGAUAUAACCCAUCAACUUGGAUGUUAGAAAUUUCCACUGCGGCCCAGGAGAUGGCUUUGGGGGUUGAUUUUGCAGAUGUAUACAAAAAUUCAGAGCUGUACAAGAGAAACAAAGCUCUUAUUGAACAACUGAACAUGCCUUCACCUGGUGCUAAGGAACUUCAUUUUUGUACUCAGUACUCGCAGUCAGUUUUGUCCCAAUUCUUGGCCUGUUUAUGGAAACAACGAUGCUUAUACUGGCGAAAUACAGAAUAUACUGCCGUAAGAUUUUUCUUCACGACCAUCACAGCCUUAAUGUUCGGAACAAUGUUCUGGAAGGUUGGGUCCAAAAGAGGAAGGAGGCAAGACCUGCUCAAUGCAAUGGGUUCUAUGUACGCUGCUGUUCUCUUCAUUGGCGUCCAAAAUGCUUCAAGUAUACAGCCAGUAGUGAAUGUUGAGCGAACCGUGUUUUACAGGGAAAAGGCUGCUGGAAUGUACUCACCUAUGGCCUAUGCUUUUGCACAGGUUGCAAUUGAGCUCCCAUAUAUCUUGGUGCAAACAGUGACAUACGGCAUCAUUGUGUAUCCAUUAAUGGCAUUCGAAUGGAGUGGUGCAAGAUUCUUUUGGUACCUAUUCUUCGCGUAUUUCACAUUCCUAUUCUUCACCUUCUUUGGCAUGAUGACUGUGGCUAUUACACCAAACUACCACAUUGCUGGAAUCAUUUCUACUGCUUUUUAUGCAAUUUGGAAUCUCUUUAUAGGGUUCUUAGUCCCCCGCACGAAAAUCCCGAUUUGGUGGAGGUGGAACUAUUGGAUUUGCCCCUUAGCUUGGUCCCUCUAUGGUUUGACAGUAUCACAGUUCGGAGAAGUAGAGGAUGUUCUUGAUACAGGAGAAACAACAAAAGACUUUCUAAAGAGUUAUUUCGGUUUCAGGCAUGAAUAUGUGGGCGUGGUGGCUGUUGUGAUGGUUGGAUGGGCAGUGGUUUUCGCAUUUUUGUUUGCAGUUUUCAUCAAAAUACUCGAUUUUCAACAUAGAUAAUGAAAGUGUCCUUGGUGGUUUGUUCUACUAGUUGUCAAUUUCUCAUUAUUAGAUGUAGUUAGACAUAGUUAUUCCAAACUCUAAAUAAAAUUAUUUUUUUAUGUUUUUAUUGGAUUAUAUUCACUCCGACAAUUUCCAUAUUUGAGUUGUUGGCAAUUUAUUGAACGAUAUUUAUAAGUUGUGUUAAAAA